AUGGAGAAAGGAUGUUCCGGACCGGGCAUAGCACUGCCGAUGUCUGUGAUGGCAACUUGCGACGCCAGUAUGGUAGAAUUCUCACAAGAUGACCUUGCUAUUAUCACUCAAUAUCCCUUAAGCGACUCUUUUAAUCCUGUGCAUCACCUUUUGCAGGAGGUAGAGCAUUCGCACCUGAUAUCCUAUAAUGGCACUGCUGAUGGCGCUGAUCCAACCCAUCAGACGGCUAUAUCUAGACUCCUUGUCACCCUGAUGGGCGAGAAGGUAGCUUUUAACCUUCACCCUCGGACCAGUAGCAAAAAUAUUGCGUCAGAACUGUCAAAAUUAUUUACACGCGUUCAAGACGAGGACUUUCACUAUGACCACUACCGCCCGGUGAUACGCCUAAUUCUGAAGAAAGCGUCAGAUGUCGACAUCUGGAAAGCCGUCCUCAACCUUAUCACCGCCGUCUCCAGAACAACUCCUCCGGCGAGUGUCCCCCUGGCAUUUGAUGGCACCCCGGUCAGAUCUACAUCGUCAUUGCAGAAAGGGUCAGAGCAGACGCGACGGGUGGUGGAAGGAAGGAUAUUCGAAGAGAUUCGAGACUGUACCCAUAAGGGUGUUAGAGGAUUCUUCAAAAAGUACUUCGAGGGGAAAUACUGGAGCCAGCGGGUGGAAGAUGGCUAUCGUCGCGUGCUUGACUCUGAAGAUGGCAGUAGAUGGCCUGACUUCCCCAACCCGCCAACACAGAAAGACGUUCUCGACUGGUGGUUUCGAUUCCAGGAUGAGUUCCUCUUGGAUGGACGAAGCAUCUACUUCUCCACAGCAAGCAAGAGAGACCUCACCGGCUCAGACGCAGACCGACAGGUCGAUCUCCUCCUAAAGCUCCGAGGGGCGGACGACAUCAGAGGAAAGCACAACUGGAAGGAUAUCCAGGUGGUUGGCGAGCUGAAACGGCCUGGUGCUGAGAUCGGGACCAAAGGCACGCUACUUCAGAUGGCACGCUAUGUGCGGGAGGUCUUCAUCGCCCAGCCGACGCGCCGGUUCGUCCACGCUUUCGCUAUCUGCGGGACCAAGGCAGAAGCGUGGGUGUUUGAUCGCUCGGGUCCUUUCAGCUCGGGUUCUUUUGACAUCAACGAAGAACCCAAACAAUUUUUUCAGAUGAUCGUGGGCUACGCAAUGAUGACCGACGAGGAGCUGGGGCUGGAUACCUUCAUAACCAACAACACGAUCACCACCGAGGGGACCGUGGGGGGGGGGGGAGGUGGUAGUGCACCUGGACCCGAAGCCGCUCUGCUCACAUUUUCGUGGACAUCGGACAAGCGGGCAGCAGAAAAGGAUCUUCUCAAACUAGCUCGUGAAAGAGGCGUCAAGGGAGUCGCAGCGGUCAUCGGGUAUCGCGAUAUUACCAACAUUGCUGAACUUCGGGGUGGUUUGACCUUUGAAAAGCGCCACACCUUUCGAAGCACACCCUCCAGCGCCAAAUCCUCUUUCAACCUAUCUCAUUCACAUGACCUCCGGCCACGGCCGUUCACUCGGUCUCGUUCGAGUACCGGCCAAAACCAGGCGAGCAGGAAACGCAGAUCUCCCGAUAAAGGGGCGCCGCUAUCUAAACGAGCACGCUCCAGUAGUCAGCAGUCAGGAAACGAUCCACAGGAAACUGAACUACCCUUCACAGUUCAGUCAAUGCAUCCGCCAAGUCUCUUCGACAGGAAUAGCAAAGAGCAAGGGCCCUAUGAUAACCGCAUCCUCCGCUGUCUUGUGAUCUCGCCCGCUGGUCGGCCGAUCUACGAGUUCUGUUCGCCCAUGGAACUGCUUGUGGCACUCCGCGAUGCCAUAAGAGCGCAUCAGUCUCUUUACCUGGUGGGGAAUAUUUUGCACCGAGAUAUUUCAGAAAACAACAUAAUUAUAACUGAUCCGGAAACCGCGGAUGGCAAUUCGGGCAUGCUAAUCGACCUUGACCUUGCGAAGGAGAUCAGCAGUGGGCGAAGCGGGGCGCGCCACCAGACCGGCACGAUGGAGUUCAUGGCGAUCGAGGUGCUACGCGCCGUUGACCAUACAUAUCGCCAUGAUCUCGAGUCAUUUUUCUAUGUGUUUAUAUGGCAGUGUGCCCGUAACGGGUGGGAGCGUUUCAACCGGCUGAAAGAAAGGCCGGAGGAUAGUCUUCUGAAUGAAUGGUACACUGGAAGCUAUAUGAAGAUUGCUGGUAGGAAGGGAGGUCAUAUGGAUGCAAAUAACUUUGAGUAUCUUUUAUGGGAGUUCCCCUUGGAGCUGGAGUGUGUGAAAACUCUUUGCAGAACACUACGGCGGAUCUUGUUUCCUAUCCAUCAAGAUUCUCUCUUCACCGGAACGCCGGUGAAACCGGAGACACUGUAUGAACCAAUCAUCCAAGCAUUCGAUACGACCAUCAAAGACAUCGAGGCCGUGGAGGGAUAG